AUCAUUAACGUUUCGCGUUCAUGAUUUGAUGAUGGACACGGUCUGCUGUACCUCCUCUUAUAUAAGACAAUAUGCUCGACUGUUAGCCUCAGUUAUCAAAACAUCGUCGAACAGCAACAAACACCAGCAUCUCAAGAUGGGUUUGAUCAUCAAGAACUUGCUAGCAGUGACCGUUUUGUCAACCCUUUUGGUUGACUGCAGUGCGGCAAUCCACCCUAAAGUAUACAGGACUAUAAAUUUGUUCAGGAAAUGUCUGAUAAGUGGAUACCCUCUUUUGUGUGUUAAGGAAGCCAGUCUGGACAUCGUCAAUGAAACUUUAGUGAAUGAUAAGCCGAUGUUGUUCUACGAUAUGGUGGAGAUUGGGAGAAAUCCGAACUAUAAUCUCAACAAUUCUAUUAUGGAAGAUCUGCCCAGGGAUUUGGAAGCUAGAAGCCUGAAGAUAGACGAGAUUUUGCAUGACAAAAUCGAGGAUUACUUCAAAUCUAGGACCAUCAAGUUUAUCAUGGCACCAGCAGUUGAGGGUGAUGUGGGCAGAAAGAAGGGAGGUGGCGGUGGAGGCGGCGGCGGUAAGAAAGGUGGCAUGAUGAUGAUGGGCAUGAUUGGUAUGGCUUGUAUGAUGGGACAAAUGAUGAUGGGCAAAGUUGCUUUCAUGGCAGGUACCGCUAUGAUAAUCGCCAAAGUGGCCCUGUUCAUGUCCGCCAUGAUGGGAAUGAAGAAGAUGGGAGGUGGAGGAGGUGGUGGAGGUGAAUCCCACGUGGUUUACGCUGCACCAGCUGAGCACAGCCACGGUGGUGGUGGUGGUGGCUGGCACAGAAGCAUGGGAGAAGACUCCUACAGAGCCCCCUACCCUGAGAGUUCUGGUGGUUACUAAAAACCCCCAAAAGUAGUAGCAAUGAAGUACCGAAUCUGAAAUUGGACCUGAAGAAUUCGAAUCACGUGAUCUCACGUAUCAAUGCGAGCCAGUAUAGUCGUCCGAUGGAUCAUUCGGUGUUUCCAAAUUAGCUUUUUUUUAAUUUAUUAAGUUCCAAUUCGACCUCGUUUCAGAAUUAAUUUAUGAAAUAUUUAUUUAUUUAUUUAUUUAUUUUCUUAUAUUAGCUGUUUGAACUUGCCAUAAUUCAAUAAGUAAUAUACGAAACCUCAGUGAAAAUAUUGAUUCAGUGUAAUAUUUAAUUUCAAACAGAAAUGUAAGUUCCGAAG